GCGGCCCGUCGUUCCUCACGCUGGUCAGGGAGGGGCUCCCCGCCCGCGUUGCUAAGGGACGGAGGGAGGGCGGGAGAUGGAGGAGGAGCGGCGGCGGCGGGCGCGGUAACGGCCGCUCCAUGGAAACGCGGCUGAGGCGGCGGCCGCGGCGGAAGAGGAGCAGCAGCAGCGAGCAGGCCGCCUCCCUCACAGAGGAGCCCUCGAUGGGGGCGCAGCAGCCCGCGCGGCCAUAAGGCGACCCAGGCGGCGGCGGCGAGGAGGGGCAGCAGGGGGAAAAAAGAAGGAAAAUAGGAGGUUAUGGUGAGGCCAGCCAGCUGCACCAGCAAAUGGGAGAACCUCCGACUGACUUCAUGGCCUGCUUUGUUAAUAUUCCAACAUCUCUGCAUAGCAUUUGGAGAAGCUCUGCCACAACCUUGCUCCUCUCUCAUUAGGCAGCUGCUGCUGAGCAAAGAGUGAAAUGGCAAGCAGUCAAUGACUCCUGUGCACAACAGUCUGCUCCACCAGCCUGCCCUGUGAAUAGCACUGUCACUUUAAUAAUUCCAUGCUGAGGGAUUGCUUUCAAUCCUCUUGGGCUUAAUACAAGCAAAGAUCAGAGGGACAUUAAAGGCCAGAAGGCUGGGUGGAGAAAAUAAAAAUGAAAGUGACUGCUGUUUGGUAACCGAAUGAAACCUGGGAGGUUUUUUCCUCUCCUAAUACGCAGAAGACCAUUGUGUGCAUCCAGUGCUGUAGCUAACUGGCAAAAGUCACCUGUGAUUGCAGCAAAAAAGGUCCCUUUCAAGCUCUUCUGUCUUCCUCGGACGUUUAUUUGGAUUAUUUGAGAACUGGUUUUAAACCUGGGUGAUGCUGGAAUGUGUUGAAGUGGAUCAUUUGGACUGCCAAGACUUGGACUGUGCCUUAAUUGUAUUUCCUACAUUCACUUAACUUCUUAAAAAAAAAGCCCCUAUUCUGUCAUAAGAGAGAAUCUUAUACAAUUUUGUAGGCUGACGAGUGUUUUCUCUUGUAUAUUUUUAUAGAUUGGGAAAUAUUUUACAGAUUUUGACAAGUGCUCUGGCAAAAAUUCUCUUAAACUUUUUUCUUCCUUGCUGUUUCCAUGGGUUGUGUUGGAAGUUUUUAACUGGACAAAAACUGUGAGUGCCAUUGUGGGAGAUGAAGAUGUAGAGCUUUGUUCCAAAGCUGAACUGUGUGUUUUGAAUUGGAUGGCAGACUUCUGACCUUACAAGUCAAUCCCAGCGGGACUCUGUUGAUACCGGUAAAUAAGUGUUUGCGUCCAGUGCCAGAAAUAACAGCGAGAAUGCCAGUCAAGAAGAAAGACACGGAUCGAGCUUUAGCACUUCUGGAAGAUUAUUGCAAGAAGCUGAAAAAGCCAGAAGAGCAGCCACUGAAAAAGGCCAUUAAAAAGGUGAUGGGCAUCUUUAAAAGCAGCUUAUUCCAGGCAUUGCUAGACAUUCAGGAGUUUUACGAAGUGACGCUGCUAAACUCCCAGAAAAGUUGCCAGGAGAAAAUAGAAGAAGCAAACCAAGUUGCUGAGAAAUGGGAGAAGAAGACACAGUCUCUGGCAACAGACGACGAAAGUCAGCCCCAAACCCGAGAGACAGCAGCUUCAAAUGGGCCAGAACAACGGUCAGCAGGCGAAAACCAGGAUAAAGGGAACCAAUCUUCUGAUAAUCAUUCCACAGAUAAAACUGCAAAGCAGAGCCACACCAGAUGCCCAGCGCACAAGUGUCCCGUUGAAUCACCUGGAUGGAUACCUAUUCAGCACUCUGUGAAGUAUCGCUACCAAGAUGAGGAUGCUCCACACGACCAUACUUUACCUCGCUUAACUCACGAAGUGAGAGGGCCAGAACUAGUUCACGUUUCUGAAAAGAAUUUAUCGCAGAUAGAAAAUGUCCACGGAUACGUCCUGCAAUCGCACAUCUCGCCUCUGAAGGCCAGCCCUGCCCCAAUCAUCGUCAACACAGAUACUUUAGACACUAUUCCCUACGUCAAUGGAACAGAGAUCGAAUAUGAAUUUGAAGAAAUUACAUUGGAAAGGGGAAAUUCUGGCCUGGGUUUCAGCAUUGCUGGAGGAACAGACAACCCACACAUUGGGGAUGAUCCUGGGAUAUUUAUUACUAAGAUUAUACCAGGAGGAGCUGCAGCAGAGGACGGAAGACUCAGAGUCAACGACUGCAUCUUGCGGGUGAAUGAAGUCGACGUCUCCGAAGUUUCGCACAGCAAAGCCGUCGAGGCCCUGAAGGAAGCUGGCUCCAUAGUGCGACUCUACGUCCGUCGGAGGAGACCUAUUCUGGAGACUGUUGUCGAAAUCAAACUGUUCAAAGGGCCGAAAGGUCUGGGUUUCAGCAUCGCCGGAGGUGUGGGGAAUCAGCACAUUCCUGGAGACAACAGUAUUUAUGUUACUAAAAUUAUUGAUGGAGGCGCAGCGCAGAAGGACGGGAGGUUGCAAGUUGGAGACAGGCUUCUUAUGGUAAAUAAUUACUGUUUAGAAGAAGUAACACAUGAAGAAGCAGUAGCAAUAUUGAAGAAUACAUCCGACGUAGUUUAUUUAAAAGUUGGGAAGCCCACCACCAUUUACAUGACUGAUCCCUAUGGCCCACCAGACAUUACCCAUCCUUAUUCCCCGCCAAUGGAAAACCAUAUACUGUCUUCAGGCAACAACGGCACUUUAGAAUACAAGGCAUCUUUGGCUCCCAUCUCACCGGGAAGAUAUUCGCCUAUCCCAAAGCACAUGCUUGUCGAGGAUGACUAUACCAGGCCUCCUGAACCCGUUUACAGCACUGUGAACAAAUUCUGUGAUAAGCCACCUUCUCCUAGGCACUAUUCCCCUGUCGAGUGUGACAAAAGCUUCCUCCUUUCAGCUCCCUAUCCCCACUACCACCUAGGCCUGCUCCCUGACUCUGAGAUCAUCAGUCAUUCCCAGCACAGCACAGUGACCCGGCCACCCACCGUGAGCAUACAGCGGAGCCUUUCUGUGGAAGGAGAACCUCGCAAAGUUGUCCUGCACAAGGGAUCAACAGGUCUCGGUUUCAACAUCGUAGGCGGUGAAGACGGCGAAGGCAUUUUUGUAUCCUUCAUCCUAGCGGGUGGGCCAGCCGACCUCAGUGGAGAGCUUCAGAGGGGAGACCAAAUUUUAUCUGUGAAUGGGAUCGAUCUUCGUGGUGCUACCCAUGAACAGGCUGCUGCAGCGCUCAAAGGCGCAGGCCAGACUGUGACCAUUAUAGCACAAUACCAGCCAGAAGAGUACGCUCGAUUUGAGGCCAAAAUCCAUGACCUGCGUGAACAGAUGAUGAAUCACAGCAUGAGUUCUGGAUCCGGCUCCCUGCGAACCAAUCAGAAACGUUCCCUCUAUGUCAGAGCCAUGUUUGACUACGACAAAAGCAAGGACAGUGGCCUCCCCAGCCAAGGACUCAGCUUCAAGUAUGGGGACAUCCUGCACGUUAUCAACGCAUCUGAUGACGAAUGGUGGCAGGCGAGACGAGUGAUGCUGGAGGGAGACAGCGAAGAGAUGGGAGUUAUCCCCAGCAAAAGGAGGGUCGAAAGAAAAGAGAGAGCGCGUUUAAAGACGGUGAAGUUUAACUCAAAACCUGGCGUGAUCGAUGCAAAAGGGUCAUUCAAUGACAGGCGUAAAAAGAACUUCAUCUUUUCACGAAAAUUCCCAUUCUACAAGAACAAGGAGCUGAUUGAGCAGGAAACGAGUGACCUGGAACAACACCUUUCUUCUAAUGCCAGCGAUAGCGAAAGUAGCUACAGAGGGCAAGAAGAUUGCAUUCUCUCCUACGAACCUGUAACAAGGCAGGAAAUUAAUUACACCAGACCAGUUAUUAUCCUUGGCCCAAUGAAAGAUCGAAUCAAUGAUGAUUUGAUAUCUGAAUUUCCUGACAAAUUUGGCUCCUGUGUACCACAUACAACUCGGCCAAAGCGCGAUUAUGAAGUGGAUGGUAGAGAUUAUCAUUUUGUCAUCUCCAGAGAACAAAUGGAAAAGGACAUCCAAGAGCACAAAUUCAUAGAGGCCGGACAGUAUAACGAUAAUCUUUAUGGGACUAGCGUGCAAUCUGUCAGAUUUGUGGCAGAAAGGGGCAAACACUGUAUACUUGAUGUAUCAGGAAACGCCAUCAAGCGACUACAAGCUGCGCAGCUGUACCCCAUUGCAAUCUUCAUUAAGCCUAAAUCCUGGGAGCCGUUGAUGGAAAUGAAUAAACGUUUCACAGAAGAGCAAGCCAAGAAGACGUACGACCGAGCAAUGAAAUUAGAACAAGAAUUUGGAGAAUAUUUUACAGCUAUUGUCCAAGGAGAAACCUUAGAAGAUAUAUAUAACCAAUGCAAACUCGUAAUUGAAGAACAAUCUGGGCCUUUCAUCUGGAUUCCUUCCAAGGAGAAGCUAUAAGUUCGCCAAUUCACCUCUGAUCACAAUGGAAGAGCAUUUAGAAGAAAACUUAAUCCUAUCUUAAUUUGGAAGCUUUUUUUGGGUGUGAUUUUUUUUUCCCGGGGGGGCGGAGGGGAAAGUUACUUUUACGUUUCUUGCAGUCAAUGUGAAUUUUUUUCUGAAUGUACAACACAAAGUGUUCGAAGCCAUGAAGGACAUUGAUUUGGUCAUAAAGGGUAGAGAAAAUGAGAAGAAAACCUUUACAAAAAUAAGAGAGAGAGACUUUUGCCAUAUUAACAAGAAAAAAAAGGAAACUGCUAGCCGUGAGCUCAGUGCACCACUGGGCAGAGAUGGACUUUUGACGCGGAAGAGCCGCCGUCUGAGAAAGCUGGCCGGCAGUGCUGCCUCCACCCCAAUCUGUAUUCUUGGCUCACCUCAAUGUGUUCAUUGAUGACUUUGGAGAAGACGUUCCCAGGCCUUGGACCUCAAUAUUACAGCUCAAUCCUGCAAGGAGCAUCGCUCUGACUCCCAUGGGUAAGGCGGACGCUUGAAGCGGACAUGGAUGAAGCUUGUAUUUAAACAGGACGAGGAGCUGAGUGCCCUGCGCCUUGCAGGAUAAUAUCCUAUAGGACCUGAUCCAUCUUCCACCAAACUCUGGAAAGACCUUGAAUAGCUUGUUCUGGAUGUUGGAUCAGGGACUUCUGCUGGGGUGGGCUGGUUGUUUUUUCGUUUUGGUCAUAGCGCAUUUGUAUUUGCUACACCUCGACUUUCGUAUAACUAUGCACAUCAGGGUUUUUUUGGGUUUUUUCUGAAACCAAUCGGGAGUAUUAUUUUUCCCUGACCACUUCAGACCCACAAUUUCAACAGGUUUGUAAUGCCAUUGAGGGUCCAGGCAACGAAUUUCAUUCCACAUCAGAACACUCACGCAUUUAAAAAACACAAAAAACUUUGGGGGUUCAGGGUACUUAAACUUGACAGUGAGGGAUACAAUUGGGAAAAAGCUUUACAUUUUAUUUUGAUUGUCUAUAUUAUCAUUUAUAUAAAGACAGAAGGCACUUAACAGAUGGAAUAAUUUAUUUAAAGAAAUCUAUAUUGAUGUAUAGGCGCUAAUUUCUAUAGGUGACAAAAUAUUUUGUGAGAUAUUUUGUAAAGAUUAAGUAAUUGAAAGGUGAACUAUUUUUCACCCUUGGCUGGCUGUAAAAUGCAAAGGUCGGGGGGGCGGUUUCGAGUUGCACUAUGCCAUUAUUUUCCCCAGGAGAUUUCCUCAUAAUCUUAUUUCUUAAGUUCUAGAUGUUAUUUUUUUACCUUCCUACCUUGAAGGUGUUGUGUUCUCCUCCCUUUUUAUUCUAGCUGAUAAAAUUUCUAGGCGUUGCUGCACUCUUAAAGAGGCACUUAGAACAAGAGAAAACAGAUCUCAGAAUUAAAACAGAUUUCUGCCCCAGAAAUAAAGUGUGCAGCUAGAUGGGUCUUAGUAUUGCAAAUGGCUGCUGAGAUAUCAGAAUCAGGUUACUGGAAAGAGAAUUUUAUUUCUUGGGGUUUUGAGUUACUCAGUUUCUCCCAGAAAAGAUACAUGUGGAUAAAAGUGGGAGGAAUUAUGGGAUGGCAUUGUUGUGCCAAUGACACCAUGUGGGUGCUGCAAAAAUCUUGCCUGCAUGUGGAGGCCCAUUCCACACACACACACACACACACACACACACACACACACACAAUAACCCAUCUGGAAGCACUCAAAAUGUCAGUGGCCUCAACGCAACUUCUGUUUCGCUUUGAAAAUAAUUAAUUAAGACAGUCGCCAUUGUAAGAUCUCUUCCAAUCUCUUCCCUUGGGAACUGUUGAUAGAGAAAUUGCCAAAAAAAAAAGCAAAAAGCAAUGGUGUAUUUUUAUUUUUAUUUUUGCUGGCAAACCACUGAUAAAGUGUUUGUUUCAAGGCCCACAAUACUUGGGGUAAUGUUGCAAGUGGAGCAUUCCAUGUCUGGAAGCUACCUAGAAACUAUGUUUUCUAAUCGCAGGAGAGUAAGAAGAGCCAGCUAUAGUGUGUCAGGGAUGUGCAUGCACAGAGCACUGACAGUGCAACCCUGUCCAUGCCUACCAGAAGAUAGCCCUGUUGAGUUCAAUGAGGCUUACUCCCAGGUGAGUAAAGGAUUGCAGCCUGAAUCUCCCAUACGUGGCUGGCGUUUGGGUACUAGCAAGCAGCUGCUUGGAUUAUUUAGCACUGCAGGAAAAAUGGGAAAUUAUCUUUUGUUGCCACUUGGCUUUCAAGACCAGGUGAUCUUUGUUGCUGGCUUGUUUUUCAGCCUGGGCGGGGAUUAAAAACAGCUCCUGCUUAUUCGCUUGCAGGAGUCCAUCGUUUUA